GGGGAGGGGGGCUCUUCCUACCCCCCGGGGCAGUUGUUGGCACCCCUGAUCUGCCCCAGGCGCGGAGGGUGCGCGAGGUGCUGCGCACACUGGCACAGAAGGUGGCCGAGCUGGAGAAGCAGCAGAGCACGAUCCUGGCCACGCCCCUGCCCGAGGACGGCAUGAAGCGCGACUUGCAGCGGCUGCGGGAGGAGAUUCGGGAGCUCGCCAAGGACGUGCAGGCACAGCUCAAGGCCAUGGAGCCCAAGAAGGGGGCUGAGGACGAGAACCACAACACAGUGGCUGCCCGCAUGAGGCGAACACAGCAUGGGAUCCUGUUCCAGCAGUUCCAGGCGCUGAUCAACCAGUGCAACGCCAGCCAGUCGGCCUAUCGCGACCGCAACGUGGAGCGCAUCCAGCGCCAGCUGCAGAUCACCGGCGGCGGGGGGGUGUCGGGGGAGGAGCUGGAGCAGAUGCUGGAGACGGGGCAGACUGAGGUGUUUGUGUCCAACAUCAUGAAGGACACGCGGGUGACAAAGCAGGCGCUGAACGAGAUCGAGACGCGUCAUGGCGAGAUCCUCAAGCUGGAGCGCAGCAUCCAGGAGCUGCACGACAUGUUCACCUACCUGGCCACCGAGGUGGAGCUGCAGGGCGAGAUGAUCGACCGCGUCGAGAAGAACAUCCUGGACUCGGAGGACUACGUGCACAAGGGCCAUGAGCACCUGGCGGCCGCCCGUGAGAGCCAGCACAAGGCCCGCAAGAAGAAGGUGAUGAUUGCCAUCUGCCUCUCCCUCACGGUCGUCAUCAUCAUUAUCAUCAUCGGCGUCGCCAUCGGCACUGGCUAGCAUCGCCCCUUCCCGCCCCCCUUCCCGCCACCUGGCCACAGCCUAUUGGGCAGGGCUUGGAGUAGGGGGCUGGAUGGGUUUGGGGGCGGAGCCAGGGUGAUAGAGGGGUGGAGCCAAGCUCCCUGCCCUCAGAUUCCUGCAGUUCCAACCUCCCCGCACCUCCCCCAGCCUUCAAGCUGGGUGGGACCCUUGCACUGACAGACAGACAAGCUGAGGCUACUUCCUGUCUUGGGUGGGGCCACUUCCUGCCAGUUGAUUUUCUCCUGUGGUCCCGCCCUUCCUUUUUCACUUCUGGUCCGGGCCAUUUCUCCCCUCCCCCUUCUAGAUUUGUGGCCCACUUCCUGCUGGGGGUGGGCCUUGCCCCUCUCUCCUAGACCCACUUCCUGUCUCACCCUGCUGGGGGGCAGGGCCCACUUCCUGUCUCACUGGGCAUCACUUCCUGUGGCUGCCACCAUGUGCUGGCAGGCUUUAAAGGGGCGGGAGCCUGGAUGCCUGGUUCUUCGUGCCCCUCUCUUAACACUGCCUUGUGCCCUCUGUGCCUUUUUUAGGGGGGGGACCCUGACUUGUCCCCCCACAUCACUACAGCACACACCAGUAUUAACCCCUUCCCUCCUGGGCGCCCGGUCCCCUGGGUCCCUGGGGUGGGGCCAAGCCCCCGGAUGCCUUGGUCUGUCUUUCCUCUUGAAUGUAAUGUGGGCGGGUUUGGGAUUUCUCAUUUUGGGGGUGGGAAUUCUGUAUUUUGGGGGCGAUGGAGAAUAAAUGCACUUUGUGACCUGUUGUGCCU